AUGGCGAAGAAGGGGAAAAAGGACAAAGACGCCAAGAAGGCGCGCGCUGAGGCCAAGAGCAAGAAAUCCUUGCUUAAGGCAGAGCAGAAAGACAAGAAGAAAGCCAAGAAGUUGGGAGCAGACGAUGAUGAUGACAUGGACAUCGAAGAAGUGCUAGCUAACUUUAAGCGCCAGCAAGCGGAGUUUGAGGCUGUCAAUGUUGAGACAGUGGAGCGGCCGCAUCAGAGAAGCAGUUCGUCACUUGUUGCCAAUCCUCUGCAUAAUAAAAGGGAGCUAAUUCUCUUUGGCGGUGAAUAUACGAAUCAAUCCACAGGUAUGACCCACUUUUACAACGACCUAUUCAUAUAUUCGCUUGAUACGGACCAGUGGAAGAAAUACACCUCGCAAAAUUCGCCAAUGCCAAGGUCCUCUGCAGCUAUCGCUGCACACCCGAGCGGCGUGGUGCUCAUCCAUGGCGGUGAGUUUUCGUCACCGAAGCAGAACACGUUCUAUCACUACUCGGAUACCUGGCUCUUUGACUGUGCGACCCAUGAGUGGACUAAGAUUGAACAGAAGAACGGACCGUCUUCUAGGUCUGGUCACAGGAUGACUGUCUGGAAAAACUAUAUUAUACUUCAUGGUGGAUUCAGAGAUUUGGGAACCUCGACAACGUAUCUGAAUGACUGUUGGCUGUUUGACAUCACCACAUACAAGUGGCAACAGCUCCAGUUCCCUGCUAACCAUCCUAUACCUGAUGCCCGUUCGGGGCAUUCGCUGCUACCUACUCCAGAGGGCGCGAUUCUGUGGGGCGGAUACUGUAAGGUCAAAGCUGGAAAAGGCCUACAGAAGGGUAAAAUCCUUACUGACUGCUGGUAUUUGAAGAUGAAGUCCGAUGUAACAGCUAUCAGAUGGGAGAGAAGAAAGAAGCAGGGUUUCCAACCCUCGUCUCGUGCAGGUUGCUCUAUGGUUCACCACAAAGGCCGUGGUAUAUUGUUCGGCGGAGUGUACGACUAUGAAGAAACUGAGGAAGGUCUAGAUUCCCUCUUCUACAACGACUUGUUCACGUACCAUAUAGAGACCAAUAGAUGGUACUCCGUGUCACUCAGGGCCCAACGGCAUUCAAAGGUCAAAAGUGCCCCAAAAAGUAACCGUGACAAGGAUAAGGAACUCGAGGACAUGUUGAAUGCUAUUUUAAAGAAAGCUAAUCUAGACGAUGACGACGGAGAUGAGGAUGGCAAGACUAUCGAAGAAGAGUUGAAUAAACUGGAGAACGACGGGAUAACAGAGACGGAGGAGACAAAGAAGAGCUACCCUAUUGUUAUGAAGUUGCCACAUCCCAGAUUCAAUGCGUCCACGGCAAUUGUGGAUGACACGCUUUUCAUAUUCGGUGGUGUCUGGGAACAGGGAGAGAAGGACUACAUGAUAGACUCUUUCUACAGUAUCGACAUGAAUAAGGUUGAUGGUGUAAAAGUAUACUGGGAAGACAUGGCCGCCGUGGAAAGGGCAAAGGAACUCGGUGAAGAGGACGAAGACGAUGCAGAAGACGACGAAGACGACGACAGCGAGGAUGACGACGAAGAAGAACAUAGUGAUCGGAAGCUUGUGGCAGAGGAGGAGGAAGAAGAAGAGGAAGAAGACAAUGAGAUCUUACCUGAAAUCCCUGACCCUAGACCUUGGCUACCACACCCUAAGGCGUUUGAAUCUUUGAGAGCGUUCUAUGUUCGCACAGGUGCAUCCUUCCUAGAGUGGGCUAUUACAAACAAGCACAAUACCAGAAGUGAUGCGAAGGGCAAACAUUUGAAAAAGCAUUCCUUCGAUUUAUGCCAAGAGCGCUGGUGGGAGAGAAGAGAGCAAGUGCGUAUUGAGGAAGACAAACUUGAGGAGCUUGGAGGGGUCGGGGAAGUCAUAGAGAAAGACUUCACAAAGCCUACAAAAAGAAGAUAG